GCUUCUUCUUCUUCUUCUCUAACCUUUGCAGUGCGGCGGAGCGAGCCCGUGCUCGUCCCGCCGGCUGAGCCCACGCCUUACGAGCUCAAGCCGCUCUCCGACAUCGACGACCAAGAGAGCCUCCGCUUCUACCGCUCGGGCAUCUACUUCUUUCGGAGCAGCCCUUCCAAGAUAGGCCAGGACCCGGUUGCGGUCGUAAGGAGCGCGGUCGCGAAGGCCCUCGUGCACUACUACCCUCUCGCGGGCCGGAUUCUCGAAGGACCCGGGCGGAAGCUGGCGGUGGAGUGCACCGGCGAGGGGGUGGUGUUCGUGGGGGCCGAUGCGGAUGUCACCCUUGAGGACUUUGGCGGCGACCUCAGCCCGCCGAUACCAUGCAAUGAGAAGCUUCUUUGCGAGCCCGAGAGCUCCUCCGCCGACAUCAUCGGCCGCCCCCUGCUCUUCAUUCAGGUGACGCGGAUGAAGUGUGGAGGAUUCAUCUUCGCCGUCCAGAUCUGCCACUGCAUGGCGGACGCCGCCGGGCUGGUGCAGCUUCUGAUCGAUAUCGGCGAGCUGGCACGCGGGGCCGACGCCCCCUCGGUGCCGCCGGUGUGGGCCCGGGAGCUCCUCGCCGCCCGGUCCCCGCCGCGCGUCACGCACCAGCACCCGGAGUACGAGGAGGUCGCCGACCCCGCCAGGGACCGCAUCUCCCCCGCCGACGCCCUCGUCCACCGCCGCUUCUUCUUCCGCGACGAGGAGGAGACGGCGUGUCUGCGUCGGCAGGCCCCCGCGGGCCUCCGCGGGACCUGCUCGAGGUUCGAGUUGAUUGCGGCGUUUGUGUGGAAGUGCCGCACCAUCGCCCUGCGUUACGACGCCGAAGACGAAGUCCGAAUACAGUUCGUGGUGAACGCCCGGGGGAAGCGGAGGAUCAGCAAGCAGCCGCAGCUCCCCCGGGGGUUCUACGGGAACGCGUUCGCAUUCGCGGUGGCGUCCUCGACCGCGGGGGAGCUCUGCGAGAGGCCGUUCGGGUACGCGCUUCAGCUGGUCACAGAAGCGAAAGCGAGGGUGCUCGACGUAGGAUACUUGCAGUCGGUGUCGGACCUGAUGGUUCUGAAAGCGCGGCCGAGGUUCGCGGUGGCACGAACGUACCUGGUUUCGGACCUGACGAAGUCGGGCUUGCGGGCGGUGGACUUCGGGUGGGGGGAGGGGGUGUACUGCGGUCCCGCGACCGCGACGCUGGCGACGUUCCACAUACCGGUGGAGGGCGGGAUCGCGGUGCCGGUGCGGCUGCCGCCCCGGGCCAUGGAGAGGUUUUGUAUAGAAUUCCAGAAGUUGGUUCACAGCAGCAGAAGCAGCAGCACCAGCAAUGCCGAGAGCCCAUUGGGCCGGGUUGAUUCUGGGCUGGAUUUGGGCUCGGCGAGUGGACUUGGCCCAAUAUCAUCCAAGCUAUAG